AUGAAGCUCGCGCUGCCAAUGGACCUCAGAUGGUUUACUUCGGACCAGAGAUACCCACUUUUCUGGUUUGACCCAUAUGCCGCGGCUUCCUUCAACUCUGUGACCGCUACGUUCCGUAGUAACAUGCGAGUACACAAGCUCAGGAACGCCGAUGCCAACACACGUUGGAGUGACUCGAGACCCGUCUCGAGUUUCGUGGCUGGACUCGAUCUUUGA